CAAAAGAACAAAAAAUACAGGUUCUGGAGUGGCCAAGUCAAAGUCCUGACUUGAACCCCAUUGAGAUGCUGUGGCAUGACCUCAAGACCUCAAAGACAGCGAUCCAUGCCCGACAUCCCAAGAAUCUGACAAAACUGCAGCAGUUAUUGUGGCCAAAGGAGGGACAACCAGCUAUUAAAUGUGAUGGUUCGGUUACUUAUUCCUCCCCACAGAUGCAAACAUCAUUAAAAAUAUGAAAACAUACAUGUUUUUUAGUUUAAUCAUUUUUUUCAUCUGUGUGAUUUUGAGAAAGAUCAGAUCACAUUUAAUGGUAAUUUUAUGCAGAAAUGUGAGAAAUUCCAAACGCUUCAGACACUUUUUUAGGCCACUGUAAUAUAUUUCUAUUGGUCUCUUUUGAAUAUCUGCAGUUGCAAAAUAAGAACCCGAUCACACGUUCACUCGUUUCGUUUUUAUGUAAAGCGUGAGAGGUGAAUACCCGAAUACCCGCGAGUCGUGAGUUUUGAACGACUCGGUCAGGACUUAACCAUCACUAGCAGUUUUCCUUCGUCAUGUUAAGCUAAGCUAUCACAACGUCAGUGCUCUUAAUAAGACACUCGGAUAUAUGUGGUGUUUUAUACACACACACAUGAAUAAAUAGCAUUUCAUUACUUUGUCCCACUGUACUAUAAGAAGAAAACACGCAGCAUUUCAUUACUUUGUCCCACAGUACUAUAAGAAAACAACCCCUAUAUCUUUACAUGUGAACAUAUGUAAUACAUUCUGUUACAUCUUCGCCUGAUGCCUGCAGCAGUCCAAGAAAAGAACAGGCUAAACUGUUUUAAGACUUUAAUCUUUAUCUUUAAUCCAUUUUAAUUUGUCUUACUUUACUUUCGGUUUCAGAGAGGGGCGUUUCUUGAAAUGUUCCAUUACCGCGCCUGCUUAAAAACCGCCCCGAAAAACGAAGCAAUGGCUAGAUUGCAAUGUAAAAAAACACACAUUUGUAGUUUUUCUUAAUUCUUCACUGUUUACUUCGAAGGAUUAUGUUUAUGUGAAAAGGAAGCGACACCUUGUGAUAUUUUUAGUCAGGCAUUGCCAUAGACACCAAUCACAAGUGGGGGCUUUUGUAGCCCUCUGUGGCGGAAAGGAGUGGCUGUGUUGUAUUUGGUAGAAAGUAGCACUUUUUUCGGUGCGAGUGAACAAACAUGAUGGACCAAAAAGUGAGGAUUUUUGUCCUUGUGGUGUUUUUGUGCUCAUUGUUGUGUUUUUGCUGGGCUGGAGACGACAUCGUGUAUACUUCCGAGGGCGGAACUCUGCGUUUACAACUCGGCGUGCCCGGACCCUUCACUAGUGUGGUGUGGAGGUUCAACACGGAUUUAGUAGCCGAGUGGGACCUUGGCUCAAACAUCAUUUACUACAAGAAGUUUCAAAACAGAGCCACCCUGAACCAAAACACUGGAGAACUUCACGUCGCCAACGUGACUACGCAGGAGCUUGAAGGCAAGUUCACAGUGGAUUUGAAUAAUACCGCCGAUGCCGUCACAAUCACCGCCAAAAUCAUCGACUCAGUCCCGGAUCCAGUGAUCUCGAGCCCGGAGGCGUGUUACGCCCCGUUGGGCCGCUGUACGCUGCACUGCGGUGGAGACUCCAGCAAGGCGGAACCGGUGACGUUUCAAUGGAAGCACAACCAAAAAGAAACCAGCAGGAGCAUCGUCAUUGAUAUCAACACCCAGAAUGUGAAGACCUUCUCCUGCACCAUGAGGAACCCCAUCAGCGUGAAGGAGAGCCAGCCUUUCAAAAACCCCUUCUAUCAAAACACAAUUGGACCAGGAGGGAUCGCCGGUCUGGUUCUAUUGAGCUUGGGUAUUGUGGGGGGCCUCUUGGGUCUCCUGUUUUGGUCCUGGAAGAAGAAACACACUCCCGUAAAUGUCAACGGAGAACCGCGUCCACAUGGUGGUAGUGAGGCAGUACCUCUGGGGUCCAACUCUGAGGGCACGGCUUGACUUUCACAUCUUGGAAGUUCUCACCCAAUAUUGGAAGGACAUGACCUCUGGCCCCUAUAGGUCCAGUUCGCUUUGUAGGACCCACCCACGUGGCUUUCUGAUGCUUAUCUCAAAUGGACAAUAAGUACACUCAGUGCACUUAGUAUACUGUGUACUUAACCCCCGAGCGGGGGAAUUUUGGCAAUGUUGCACUGUCGCAAGUCCGUUACACAUUUAUCGCUAGUUAAUAUUCUAGUACUUCCCACUUCUUCUAUUUGAUCGCUGGAGGUUGUUCCUCAGGUUUUGUUUAUUUCUAGUUAGUGCCUGGCCUGUGGUGGUAAGCGUCCAUCACCAUGCACAUUUGGAGUACUCCAUUUUGCUCGACUUGUCCGUGUGAACACACUUAAGCUCUCUAAAGACUUCUGUGUAAGUACACAAGGGCACCAAUUGAGACAGCUCAACUCAUUGACGACAGUUGGGGUGACAAUCGAAAAAGGGGGUGCAGUACUUGGCUGCAACCUGCAGAGGCGCUAUUAAGUCUUUUUUUUAAAGUAAAUUUCCAAGUAAUGGAUUUAAGAAAAUGUCUGUUUGAAUUUUUUCAAAUGUUUUUCUAAUUUACGAUCGGCACUCAGUAUGUCACAGCUCUGAAGAUUGUACCUACUGUGUUUUAUUUAUUGAAUAAUGGAGGAACAUGUGGAUAUUAUUUAGAAUUCCGCAUGGCGGAGACAUCUGUGAAGUUUCCAUCAUUUGUGUGCAGUUGUGUUGUUUGCUUUGUUAGUGCAAUUUUUGAAUAAUAACUUUGUUAAACUCUCACACUUGUCGCUUUGAUGUUUUUUGUAUUGAAGGAAACGGCAUCUUAGCUUUGUGUGUAUGGAUGAAUGGAUGGACUUCCUUUAUUGUCAUUGCACAAAAACACAGCAGUGAAAUUGCCAACGAAAUGUCGUACACCAGAGACUAAAAAGAUUAAUAAUAAUAAGUGAAUAAAUAGAUGAAACCGAAUAUAAACAAUGUACAGCGUAAACAGUAAAUUGCACAAAUAAUUUAAAUAUUGCUUGUGGGCGGGUAUAUCUCAUAAUUAUGACUUUAUCCAUGUAUAAUUAUAACUUCUUGUUAGAAAAA